UCAGAUAAUAAUAAAAUCCAAGGAAAAAAAAAAAAAACGAUGACAACCAUUUGUGAAAACCCCAGCUGCGGUGCUUUCAAUGGACGCCGUUGAAGUGCUUGAUUAUCCUGUCCCUUUCCUUCUUAACUACUCUCUGAAACUUUUUCAAGCCCUAAUUUUCUGUAGCUCCAUCAUAGUCAUCUCUCCAUUGUCCAGUCUCUGCUGUGCAGCUCGCAAUGGCAGAUCUCAAGGCCAGAACCGACAUUUCAUUCGCCGAAGUAUUCUUGUGCAGCGCCUUCGCCGCUUGUUUCGCCGAGUUCUGUACCAUUCCUUUGGACACUGCUAAAGUUAGGCUUCAGCUCCAAAGGAAAACAACUUCAACUGAUGGAGUGAUUGUGCCUAAAUAUGGAGGUUUGUUGGGUACAAUUGCAACUAUUGCUAGGGAGGAAGGUUUAUCUGCACUAUGGAAAGGCAUCGGUGCAGGAUUGCAUCGCCAAUUCAUUUAUGGAGGUUUAAGGAUUGGAUUAUAUGAACCUGUAAAAAAAAUUCUUGUUGGUGAUGAUUUUGUUGGAGACAUUCAUUUGUACCAUAAGAUACUAGCAGCUUUGUUGACUGGUGCUCUAGCAAUUAUGGUAGCUAAUCCAACUGAUCUUGUCAAAGUUCGGCUUCAAGCUGAGGGAAAAUUGCCAGCUGGGGUACCUAAGCGUUAUUCUGGAGCUUUGGAUGCUUAUCUUACCAUAGUGAGACAGGAAGGACUACGUGCCUUGUGGACUGGCCUCGGACCUAACAUUGUGCGUAAUGCUAUUAUAAAUGCGGCUGAAUUAGCCAGUUAUGAUGAAGUGAAACAGAUAAUUUUGCAAAUUCCAGGGUUCAUGGACAAUGUUUUUACACAUCUGCUAGCGGGUCUAGGUGCAGGUUUUUUUGCAGUCUGUAUUGGUUCUCCCAUUGACGUGGUAAAAUCUAGGAUGAUGGGAGAUUCAACCUACAAAAGCACCCUUGAUUGUUUUAUCAGGACUUUGAAAAAUGAGGGCUUUUUUGCCUUCUACAAGGGGUUCCUGCCAAAUUUUAGUCGGCUGGGAUCUUGGAAUGUGGUUAUGUUCUUAACUCUCGAGCAAGCAAAGAAGUUAGUCAGAGGGGAGGUAUUCUAUGACUGAUAUGGAAGAACACAGUUUUGCUUCCUCUCCUACUGCAGCAGGUUUCUUAGACAUAAAAAUAUGAUAAAACUCCUUCUGCAGAUAUUCUUUUCCACAUUCGUUUAUCUAUCUUCCUAUUCAAAGGUAUCUACGAACCACAUGUCCAAGAAGCUAUUAUUGCAUACUUUUAUCUGGUGUUAAAACUGUGUCCUAUCUCAUGUCAACAUAUGUAUAACGCUGUAUUAUGGUCCAUGUUAGCUACUCUUCUUGUGUUUGCCAAGAAAUAUGAUAUUGGUUAGUGAAUUGAAUUGCCCUGCAUCGGCCUAGUUGGGUGUGGAAAUAAAAUUUGCCUCAGAGGAACCUUUUGAAAUAUUGUUCAGUCAUGUGCUUGUUUCGUUGGAA